AUGACAUCCAAUUAUCGUUAUUUAUUGUCAAAAUUUAAACCAACUCGACUCUCCCUAAAUUUGCAACCGCUCAUUAUCACAAGAAGAUCAAUCGAGACAGCAUCUACGAAUGUUCAACAACCGGUAAUUAAAGGGCUAUUCGAAUAUGCUAGGCUUAAUAAUAAAUCAUACAUAAAGAUAAAGGGCCCAGAAUCAGUUAAGUUCAUUAAUGGGUUAGUUUCAUCGAAAUUACAGGAGUCCUUCAUUAAGAAGAAUUUAACUACAAUUGAUGCAAACAAAAACACUGAAACGACCUCUGCUACAAACGAACAGAUAGUACCAGUACCAAAAUUUGAUAUAAUGAAGGGCAAUUGGGGUCUAUAUCAUGAAUCUGGAGAUUAUGGUCCUUACCUCGCAAGAUUCGGUCAAUAUACUGCAUUUCUAGAUGGAAAAGGAAAACUAAUUACAGACUCUAUCCUGUACCCAACACCAUUGACACUAGAUAAUAUAAAUGAUACAAAAUACCCUGAAUAUUUAAUAGAGUUAGACAAAGGGGCUAUGGCAUCUACCAUGAUGCGAACUUUUGAAGGUCAUAAGAUUCUAAGUAAGGUUAAGAUUAAAGCCGUGGAAGAAAACGAGGUAAAGACCUGGGAUGUUUUGGUUAGAUUUGAGAAUAUUCCUACUUCAGAGGAAAAUCCCUGGAUCGAUAACAUACUCAGACCCAUGGCCAGUAUGAAAAGUCCCGAGGAUGCCUUAGCAUUUGCUAACACUGUCGUUGGUACCCUAUUUGAAGGGUUCGAGACAAAUAUUAAGGGCUUGUACAUCGAAAGACGUACAGAUGAGGUUUUGAAAGUAGAUGGAUCUGCUCCGCUGAUGUUUAGGAUAUUGACUGAUAAUUCAAUUGAUGAUAUAUCGACUAUAUUUAACAGUAAAGCGUUUCCCUUCGAUUUCACGGUUUCAAAACAGGAAGAAAGUGCAUUCAGAAAGUUGAGACUUAGAUGUGGCUUAUUAGAUGGCGUUACCGAUGUUAAACCGACCACAGUUUUACCGCUAGAGUUAAACUUCGAUUAUUUUCCUGAUGUGGUAAGUUCUAAUAAAGGUUGUUAUAUAGGGCAAGAAUUGACGGCAAGAACAUUUGCUACAGGAAUUUUAAGAAAAAGAAUAGUUCCUGUUAAGAUUCACAACUUACCAGCCCUCCUGUCUUAUAUCAAUAGGCCAGGUCAUAAUUCUGAUAAAUACCUGGAGGUUGAAAUGAAGAGUAAUGGUAAUGAUGAAACCUUUUCAUCUGAGGAAACUGAAUCCCAAAUGGUAACAAGUCCCUUCGGUUCUGGUAAAGUGGUCAGAAAGCGUAAGAGACCUAUAGGUUCUCUCAUAACCUUCGAAGAAGAUGUGGGAAUUGUAAUGCUAAGAACUGAACAUUUUAGUAGAAUAUUUCCACAAGGUAAUUCACAUUCAACAAAACCAAUCCUGUUUAUAGAUGUUGGUGAAGAAAACCCAGAAAAUAAUGUUAUUAUAGAGGUACAAGAACCCUUCUGGCUCAAAAAUUGGUUCAAGUCCAACAGUCCAAAAUUGGUCUAA